AUGGACUACCAAAGAUCUCAUGAGCAAGAACAGCAGCCGAUCUCGUCUCAAGGCGAUGAGGCGCCAGCCGUUCUCGGCAUCGAUUCUUCGACACCCUUGGUUAAUGACGAGCUCUUACCUUCCUCGGCUGGCUCAAAAUUCGAAUCUGGUACGACUUCAGAUCUGGCAAGCGAUAGGCUUGAAGCUCAUGGAGCCAACUCGUGCCGUCUGCCAACCUCGUCUGCAGCGCUGCCAGCCACUACGAGCGGAUCUGCAUCACAGCCCUCGGCAGAAACGCUAUCGAUCCAACGUCAGCACGCUGCAAGCUCUCCCAGCCUCCUUCCUCCACCAUCACCAAUGCCAGAAUCAUCCGUGGGAAGCCCAUUGAGCAGCGCACAUGCCAACAGCCCUGUCAUCCUACCAUCAUCUUGGUCGCUAUGGCCCCAACAUCCCAACAAAGAUACUUCUGAUCCUUUCCAUGAUCACUCUUCCCGAUCCCUUCAGCGUGACGAAUUGCUCUCAGUCCUCGAAGCUCUGCACAGGUGCUCAGCUCGCGACUUGCCAACCAAGCUACAUCUUGGUGGGCAUCUUCAUCGCAUGUUGGUCGAAGGAAUCUCCUUCGCGGCUCCGGCUCGAGCACAUGGCUAUCGCGACGACUUUCGCCAAGCGGGCGGCUUCAUCGUAGUAGUCCAGCUCAUCUCGACACUCGACGCCCCGCAGGCGCAAUCCGAAUCAUCCGACCAUGCGGCUCUUCAAGUCGAGAUCUUCAAGCUGGCUCUGUCUAUCCUCUCAGCAUCGCUUGUUCAACACCCACUCAACAUCAAAUCCUUUGAGGCGACUGUGGGAUGGAACGGCCUCUUGGACGCUAUCGCCAUUGCCGCCAAGGACGCCGUACCUCUUGACAACGUCUUUGGCUCCCUCUUCGGACUGGCUUUGGCCGAUGUGGCCACCUACGCUGAACGCAUUAUCUCCACCCGUCGAUAUCUUGCCGAUCAGCCCGAAUCCGCGACUCCACGUGUUCUAGAAAACAGAGUUCGGGUCCAAUGGACGCCCGUGCCUGGUAUCACCUUCCCUCAUGCUGUUCGGAUCUUGCUCCAGCUGCUCUUUUCCAAGACAACACCCAGCCUCGAAAGCAACGAUGCCGAACUUUUCGACGCAGUUGGGGUGCGCAUCGUAUUGCAUACCCUCCUGCAGCUUAUUGCUUCUAAUCGUCGAAACCAAACUGCACUCGCCAGCAUCGGCUUGACCACUCUCGUGCUCGACGCCGUCCUGCCAACAAUCACCAGCCAUAGCGCCUCAUCGCUUCCGUCGCCCAUUUCUCUUCCGACGUUCAAGCCUUUCGAUGCGUCAUUAAGCAGUCCGCAUGAACAGGCGGAACGUAAAGCAUACUCGCCCGCUGCCCAACUGCGACAUCGCGAUCUUCUUGCCAGCAUCCUGAGACACCUCUAUGCUGCCGCCGGUAUUCCAGACAAAGACGGUCGCAAACUCCUCAUCUUUCUCACAACAGCUCCUUCCUUGCGCACAAGCGAGUCUCUGUCGUCCGCAGACGAUGGCCGCGAACGCGUUCUUGACUUGCUCCUCGACAUUGCCGAUACGUCGCAAGAGCCUAACGCGGUACUUUUCAGCAUGGCGGAACAUGGGCACGCCUCGCUUGCCUUUUCGACCCUCCGCCGUCCUUUCCCGCCUGCUGCGUCCUCCAGAGGCUUCUCUUUUGUCUCAACAUUUUCGAUCGAGCGCAUCGAGCCCACCCUCCCGAUCGAGCUACUCACCCUUUUUGAUGCACAAAGGUCCCUUCACGUCCAGCUUUUCAUUGAGCCUGGCACAGGUCACUUCAGCUAUGCUUCAACUCGGCACACUCCCUUGACGCCCACACGCUUCAACAAUGCCGUCUUUGUCACCGGACAACGCUACCAACUCGUCUUUGUCCACUUUCGUCCUCGUGGUGGCGCAAACAUGUCACCAGCUCGGCUUUACGUCAAUGGUGAGAUGAUCGAGGAAAAGUUGGCCCCAUGGCCCACUCACAGUCGUACUCCUUCGACAGUGUCAGGGCAGGCUCACCUUGCCAAUCCUGUGCGAGCCGUUCUGGGUUCUCCACCUGGCUCUCACAAUGAGAUAUCGCAAGACCUACAACAAAGCGAUCCUACGCGUCCUCGCACAAAUCGACUUGUUUGGUCUCUUGGCCCAACAUUGCUCAUUGACGAUGCCCUGCCAAACGACCUGCCUCUCGUGUUUCACGAACUGGGGCCACGCUAUACCGGCAAUGCACAAGAUUCGCUUGGAAGGUUCCUGACGUAUCGUGCCAGCGCCAACAUUAAUCUGCGUCUCGAUCAGAUCGCGCGUAGAACACCCGCAACGACACCAAAUGGUAGUGCUUCCGUACUUUCCGAAAAAGAGAUUUCGAAUCUGCCGCUGGUCACAGCCAUAGCAGGCCGUGCAAGCGAUCUCGUGUCCGAAGAUCGCUUGUAUUUUGUCAUCAAUGCCGCCAACACGGCUACCUUUGAUCGGUCCGGCGCGGCCGGGAAUCGCACGCCUUCUGCUUCUACAGCUCCCUCAGAUACAGCCAAGAGAUCAGGCUCGCGCGUUAUUCUUAAUCAGGCUGUCCCAAUGAAUCGUGAAGCGGUCGGGUCUUCGUUUGGCAUUGCCAAACUGUACGGCGAUCCCGCACUACUCGUGCCGCAACCUCUCGACGAGGUCAUCUGGAAGCUCGGGGGAUGUGCAAUCUUGCUGCGCCUCAUCUCUGAUGCUGAAACGCCGAACAUGCUCGCGAAGACGUUGCGCCUCUUUGCUCAGCUCGUCUCGCAGUCAUGGCGAUUGAGCGAGGACGUCGAGCGACGCAAAGGCUAUGAAGUGCUCGGGUCGCUUCUGCACAACAAAGCCCACCUAUUCAACGAUGAGAUUGCCGAUGUCGUGUUUAGUGCGGUGGGCAUCGAUCCAGCCGAAAGUGUCAAUCGCGAUGACUCCCUCCUCAUCAACCCUUUUCUUUAUCGUAUCGUCAUGCUCGAUUUUGAGCUAUGGUCAUCCACCCAUCAAGAGCUGCAACGUCGGCAUUUGGAGCAUUUUCACCUGCUUCUCCGCGUCUCCAAGCACAGGAGAUUCAACGCCAAGCGGGUGGCUAAGAUGCAAAUCGUCAAGAAGCUUGUCCACGCAAUCCACUCCGACCUCUACUCUGCCGAGCUCACUCCGGCGCUAUUGGAUGCGUUACGCGCCUUGCUAGCUUCUUCAUUCUCCGAUCCCUCUGUGCGCAUUGUCACUUCGUAUCUGGCGUCACAAUUGUGCCGCACCGCCGCACUGCAACACGCUUCAUCUGCUGCAUCGUCGUCUUCGUCGUUAUCGAUGUCCUCGGCCAGGCCAAAACCGCAGCGUGCGGCAACGAUGGAGUCUCGGCGUGUAGCAGCUCAUGCUGUAGGGUUCAAUGCUUUGGGCUGCAGUCGAGAUCAAAAAACAGAUGCAGUAGAUGUAUCGUCUGUCCCAGCAGCCGUGCCGCAAGCAACGCAUCAAGCGCUUGCCAUGUUUGAACUUUUGACGGAUUUGCUUCAGGAGCGGCGCAGCCAUCUGAUGCGUUUUGCUGACACAGUCAAUGUCAAAUGGCUUCUUUUGUUCUUCCACCCACGAGCUGAGAAGAGAGCUUCCGAGUUAGCGCUACACAUUUUGGCCCGCCUCUUGCUGCUCCCCGAACUUGGCUACGCUCAGCGUCUGAGCAGCUCAGGAGGCUUCAAGGUGCUUGAACGACUCCUGCCCCGAUUUUGGUCGAUCGCCUCGCUCCUGCCAACGUUGUGGUCAGCACUGUUUGGACUAGACGUGCCGCAGACACUCCCGCCCUUGCUUACACUUGUGCCUCUACCCAACGAUCACGAACAGGCAAAAUCGGUUUAUUGCGCUCCGCUUUUGCGAGCGAUCUUGUCUUGUUUGAAAGAGGGCAUGCGUGUCGCAGCAACAAAGCGAAACACAUCGCUUGGCGGACAAUUUCGGUCCCUACCUCCACGAACAUCUGGCGCAGCCCAUCUUGUUACUUCCACGUUCAACUCCCAAUCGAGCGAUCUUGAAGGAUCCGUUGUGCCACCCGUGACGUCACGACCAAGUCACAUCCGAAAACGUAGCCAGUCGAUGAAUGUCGAUAUCAAAGCUUUGGAGCAAGCUGCGCAAGCUUCUAGAGAGACGACUAUGCUUCACGAGACCGCCGAGCUCCUCUGCGUGUAUGGAUAUCGAUCGGCCGAGUUCAGAGAGCUUCUCUUCUCGCCGAUCAUUCUCCGUGGGCUGAUCGACUGCAUUUUUAUAUUCGUUGGCCAAGCUGAUUUUGUGAUUACGAUGGGCUUGACAAACGCUCUCACACUCAACAAGAAUUCAGAUACACCCAUUGGGGCAAAGGCACAAGCAACAGCAUCCGCUCAGGAGGGAGUUUAUGGCAUUGCAGUGUCCUUGCUCAGCUUGCUUGCGCAGCUUGCCGUCGAUUCAUUGCUUUCGACCCACUCGAUCGCCAUUUUGUCAGCCAUCGAUCAGGCUCUGCCUCCAACAGACUUAGCACAACAGACUACCUUCCGCUGCAACCUUCUUGCCGCAAUAGCACAAAAACUGAGGCUGGUGAUCUCCGACCAGCCACGUCGAGCAAUCACGUCCGCCGAGUUUAUCGCCCUCUUCAUCGAGACAGCUUCCGAAGAGAUUCUGUCCGGAAAUGUCAAGCUUGAAGAACAGCUUUAUAAAGCCACACUGGACCUGCUCAGUGCUCUUCUUAAAACUACCGACGACACAGCCAAACAUGUCAAUCGAGCCGUAGCAACACUGUUCAUUAGCUUGAACCGCAUUGUGUUGCUUCGUCUCGCCAACGAGAAUCGCCACAUCCAGACACUCGACGAGGUACUGCAAAGUCAAGAAGUAAUUUUGCACCCAGCAAACCAGGACCGUACCUUUUUCGAGUGCUUGGUUAAUCGACUACUUUUCGUCUUGCAAACUGUCACCUCCAAGCCAGACCAAGAGGCUACGGCAGAUGCGCAUGUCAAGACGUUUACACUGUUCAAUCUCGUAGCCCUGGCCAGACCUGCCAUCGUCGAAGGUGACGCGAUGACCAUGUUCAACGAAACACAGCAAAAGCAUGCUCUUCCCAUCGCUCACGAAGCCAGCGAAAACGUCACUGCAGAGAUUUCCGCACAUCGAGCUGAUCUCGCGUAUGACUUUGCUUGGAACAGCAUAUCGAAGACUCGAGAGACUCUCAAGACAGCUGCACACAUGGAGCGACUGCAAGAGCUGCAUGAAUCUCUCCGACGCGUCGACACGCGAGAGCAGGUGGUUAGGAGUACGGAGAACCGCCUGAUCGCCUGGCAUGCUAGCCUGGUCGAGGCCGAGGACGUUCGCAGGGCCAAAUUUGUCAACGAUCUGCACGAGAUGCAAACGUUUGCCGCCAUGCAAUGGCGUGAGCUUCAAGCUAGCCUUACGCGGGAGCGUGCACUGCUCCAAGGCACUCUGACAAGUAGUAGAGGUGCCAACUCGAACAAAGACGUAUGGCGCCUGGAUUCUACAGAGGGACCCGAUCGUAUUCGCCUCAAGCUGCGGCUCUUGGAUGAGUCUGCUGUCCGACCAACGGAUUUGGUCGCGCCUCAACUAUCUGAUCCCUCGUCCGGCACGGACUCGUAUGCAUCGAAGACAGAGCCACACGGUGACGUGUGGGGUAGCGCAGAUGACAAUACAGUCAACAUUGAUCAGCUUCCAUCUUUGGCGAGAUCCGGCGCUCCGAAAAGUCAUGGUGAAGGCGUCCAGGAGGAUCCAGACUCCUCCGCAGGCAUCAUUGAUUCGGCAGGCACUGCAGCUGCAGAGACCUCAAGCGAACUCUUUCACGAAGACAAGUACCGCCGUGUGCUCCGCUCUCUUGAACGCGGUGACGUGAUUGAGGCGGUCUUCAACACCUCACGCGUGGUCGGCAUAGAAUCAAGGGGUUGCUUGCUGAUCCUCGGCAAGCUGUGCGUUUAUCUUAUGGAUGACUACUUUCAAAGACCGAACGGCGAGCUGAUCAAUGUGUGGGAGGCGCCAGCCGAGGAGCGUGACGCGCUUGUUAUGGCGACUCUGGCAAGCGACGCCUCCAAGCCAUCCGAUCUCGUCCGCGAUCUCGAGGGUGACGCGCAAACGCGCAAGUGGCCCUGGUCGACGUUGCAAGUUUGUCAUCGUCGGUCAUGGCUGCACCGCCGCACCGCCGUCGAGAUAUUCUUCGAAGAUGGCCAGAGCUGUCUACUUGUCUGUCCGGAGACAGCCACCGCGCAAAAGAUGCAUCGAGAACUGCAGAUCCGUGCACCUUCCGCCGUUGCGGCCGCUGAAACGAUGCGGGAAGCCAUCCGGGAACGAGGUGCAGGAAGCGGGGGACCAUCUUCGUCUUCCUCUAUAUCUCCCUCCGGUCUGGGUUCCCGUCUAGCUGGGGCAGUGUUAGGCCGGUCUGCCGGCUGGGGAUCCAUGACCACCGCAUGGCGUGAAGGACGUAUGAGCAAUUUUGCGUACCUCAUGGCACUCAACACGCUGGCAGGACGAUCGAUGAAUGAUUUAACGCAGUUCCCAUGCUUUCCGUGGGUGUUGGCAGAUUAUGUCAGCGACGAACUCAAUCUCGAAGAUCCAGCGAGCUUUCGGAAGCUCGAGCUACCAAUGGGAGCCCAGACGCCCAUCCGCAGAAAGGAAUUCGAGGACCGCUAUGUGCAGUUGCAAGAAGUAGACAUGGUGCCGUUCCACUACGGAACGCAUUACUCGACCGCAUCAACUGUCUGCGGCUUCUUGAUCCGAACGCGGCCAUUUGAGCGACUACUGCUGGCUCUACAAGGUGGCAACUUUGAUCUGGCAGAUCGUACAUUUGGAUCCAUCGCUAAGGCGUGGAUGUCAGCGUCAGAACUUUCUCGUGGCGACGUACGCGAACUCAUUCCCGAAUUCUUUUAUCUGCCAGAGUUUCUGCGCAACACGAACCGAUUCGAUUUUGGCAUCACUCAGGCCGGUGAGGUCAUUGACGAUGUCGAGCUGCCUCCAUGGGCAAAGGACGAUCCGCGUUUGUUCGUGUUGAAGCACAGAGAGGCGCUCGAAUCCGAGUAUGUUUCGCAACGGCUACAUCAUUGGAUCGACUUGAUAUUCGGUUACCGAUCGCGAGGAGAAGAGUCAGUGGAGAGCACCAACGUCUUCCAUCCGCUCAGCUAUGAAGACGCGGUGGACCUGGAUUCCAUUGAAUCGCCCAUGGAGCGUCAAGCAGCGGCUCAGGUGAUUCACAACUUUGGUCAAACCCCGUCAAAGUUGUUCCACCAUCCUCACCCUCAGCGUUUGCGAAGGCUUCACGCCUCGCUGUCGGCAUCGGACCGAUUCGGGAUGCUUGAACAUCCGCGAUUGAUUGUGCAAGGGAUUGCACCGAUCCGCACGCUCAAGAACGCGGUGCAUUUCAUCUACCCCUUCCACCCUGAAAGAGCGUUCGCAUCGCCUAAAGAUUACCUGAUAUUGCCCAAGUCGGGUGUCUCCCUGUCUGCAGACCACCUGGAUGGAAGUCUGCGUAUGUAUAGCUCGCGUGAUGCUAAACGGCCUCUGGCAGUGGUGGAGCAGAUGACGCCCGACCGAAUCACCUGCAUGGCGCAGGCGCGUGCCGACUCGAUCGUGAUUGGAAGCUCGGACGGUAUGGUGAGCAUCUGGGAGGUGGAUGGUGCCAAGCGAGAGGUAACAUUGUGGACGCUGUUGCGAGGGCACGAUGACACGGUGAUGUGCGUUGCAGCUUCGUCGGCGUGGAGCGUCGUGCUGACCGGUUCCAAAGAUCGAACUGCGAUCGUCUGGGAUCUCAACCGGGGAACGUACGUGCGUUCGCUGCGCGGACACGACUCGGGCGUGCAGCUGGUUGCGAUUGACGAAAAGACGUGCCACCUAGCGACGGCAAGUGGUCCCGAAGUACGACUUUGGUCGAUCAACGGAGAGCUGCUCGCGUGUCUAGCGACAAGCGCCAAUAUUUCGGAGCCCAUCUCUAGCUUGAGCUUUUUCGAGCGCGACUACCACGUGGGCCGACUCGGCGUACUUCUGACUGGCCAUCGCGGAAGGGUGGUUGCAUGGGAGGCCGUGUCUGCACACGAUGCGUCCGCUGAAGCGCUUCCGUCGUCAUCUGCAAGUCCGGCGACUUCAUCAAAGCAAGCGCAGAAGCGGGGACGACUGGUCUCAGUGGGAAGCGAUCAUCAAGCGGCAGCAGUGAAGACACCCUUAUGGCGACUUGCGCCAUUGCAUGUACUCGAGCAUCACGAUCGAUUAGGUGCUGAUGGAAGCGUGGCAAGCGGUGCAAGCGGUGCAAGUGGAAGCUUGGACCUGCAGGGACGGCCUUUGAUCACAGCGAUUGCGACGACGCCCAAGAUGGUGCUGACGGGCGACGAGCAUGGUCGGCUGUACCAGUGGACGUUGGUCGGAGACGCUGUAGCGAUUCCCGACUCUUUUUCGUCGCACUGCAUGAAUCUAAGCUGCUCGAAACGAUUCGGCAUACUGGAAGGACGUCGAAGCUGUGCUGGCUGCGGUGGACUGUUCUGCGGAGCAUGUGCCGCAUCGCACACUAAAUUUGCAGCUCAUCAACGCUUCUGUCCUCAGUGUCAUGAUGUGAUUAGCAGCUCCAGCUACUUUGACAUGUAG